AUGUCAUUGGUUUGUCUGGGAAGUAACUGGUUGUUGAAGAAUGCACUAAUUGCUAAUGCUAACAAGCUUGGCUCACCACGGCUGACCAAAAGAACAUGUUGCCAGCUCAUUUUAUUUGUCGCCCUCUGUUGUCCCGCAGUCCUGUGUGAUUUAGGUCAGUUUGAAUGUGACGGUGGUACUAAAUGCAUUCUCGAUCAGCUCGUCUGUGAUGGCCUUUUUGACUGCGCUGAUCAAACCGACGAAUUGUUUUGUACCCCGGAAGAAAGAUCGACUGCUGCACCAACACCUCCCGCCCCCACCACAGCUGCCCCGCCCACCACUCCAACCACUACUGCUGCCCCCACCACACCUCGUACUACUACCUCGUCGGUGGUCACCGAUCCCGUGCCCCCAAGAACACCGGGGACACAGUGUCGAUCCAACGAAGCGUACUGUAGGUCUGGGAGCAUCAGGUGUGUCCCUCGAGACUUCCUCUGUGAUGGGCAGAGUGACUGCGAUGAUGGCUCGGAUGAGUACGGAUGUGAACACAGAAAGUGUGAGCCUAAUGAGUUCCAAUGUGCCAAUCGCCUCUGCGCUCAAAAGAUCUGGAGAUGUGAUGGAGAUGAUGACUGCGGUGACGGAUCGGAUGAAAGAGAUUGUCCUACUGCUGCACCUGGCUCGCCAUGCCGACACAGUGAGUUCCAGUGUGUUUCCUCCGACCAGUGUGUACCUCUUGGCUUCCGGUGUGAUGGAGAAACCGACUGUACGGAUCGGUCAGAUGAAAUCGCAUGUUCUGAGCCAUUGGUAGUGCUUGCUCCUGUAGAGAUCAUCCAAGUUCAGAUUGGUGAGAGGGUAGAGAUCAUCUGUGAGGCACAAGGAGUUCCUACACCGAUAAUCUCCUGGAGGCUUAACUGGGGACCGGUCCCAGAAAGGGCUAUCAUCACCAGUCAGAAUGGACGUGGUUCCCUUGUCUUGGAGAAUGUCCGCGAGUCUGACCAGGGAGCGUACAGCUGUGAGGCCAUGAACAACCAAGGGUACAUCCUUGCUCAACCAGAUGCUAUCGUCACCAUCAUCUCUGGACCUAGCAUAUGUACUGGUGGGUUUUUCAAUGAUGGUGCCCUGACCGUUGCUGAGUGUAUACCUUGCUACUGUUCUGGUGUUUCUUCCACCUGUUACAGCAGUACCUACAACAGAGCUGAGACUUCUCUAUCCUUCAGCGAGGUUGGGAACUUAGAGGGCACACGUCUGGCUGACCUGUCGUCUCCAAGUGCAGAUGUACGGGUCCUUGAGGAUACAUACAUGGAAAUCAACCCAGCUCAGAGGGAGGUGGUCGUGCUAGACUACAAUAGACGUCUGCCUGUGUCCACUUACUAUUGGGUUCUUCCUGGACAAUUUACAGGAAACCAGCUAACCAGUUAUGGAGGCAACCUUCGUUAUCUGGUCAAUUUCAUCCAUAUUGCAUCCACUGCUCAAGUUGCUGAUGUUUAUAUUAAGGGUGGUGGAAAGACCUUGUCAUAUCAAUUACCAGAUGAACCUGUCUCAGGUAUCCCGACACUGCGACAAGUUCCUUUGACAGAGACUGGCUGGAAGAAUGUCAUCCAAGUUGGCGGAGGGGGACGUGGUGAUGUUGGUGCUGAGCUUCUUGUAGACGCCACAAGACAAGAUUUCAUGAUGGCAUUAGGGAAUGUAGAAUAUAUCCUUAUCAAGGCAACGUAUUCCUACAGCAUGUAUCAAACCAGCCUUGCUGAUGUUGUCCUGGAUACAGCCGUACCAGAGGAGACUGGUAGAGAUCGAGCAGUAGAGGUAGAAGAAUGCAGGUGCCCCAUUGGAUAUGAAGGGUUGUCUUGUGAGAGAUGUGCACCGGGUUUCUUCUAUAUGCUUGGUAUAAAUCCCGAUGCUCCUGGAAUCUGUCGGCCUUGUCAGUGCAAUGGACCCUCAAACACUUGUGACCCAGUAUCAGGUCGAUGUCUGUGUACAGGCAACACUGACGGACCGAACUGUGAACGAUGUGCCGAGGGAUUCUUCGGUGACCCACCAAACGGUGUACCCUGUCUCACCUGUCCUUGCCCUCUUACUGAUGGACCAAACCAGUUCUCACCGACCUGUAUCCUUGAUACCGAUGGUAGAGUGACCUGUGAUGCCUGCCCACAAGGCUAUGCUGGAAGACAAUGCCAAACAUGCUCUGCUAACUAUGUAGGAAACCCAACAAUUCCUGGUGAUUCCUGUGUUCCUGAUAGUCUAGGUGACUGCAACGUUGAUGGCAGUCUAGCAUGGACCGGAUCAGAAUGCCUGUGUAAAGAUAACACUGAAGGUGUCCUCUGUGACCAGUGUCAAGUUGGAACAUUCAAUCUGGCCCCAGAUCACCAGUACGGCUGCAUCAGGUGCUUCUGUAUGGGAAUAACCUCAGACUGUGAUAGCACUACACAGUACAGAUCGCAGGUCAAUGCAGAGUUCUCUCGUGAUGGUCAAGGGCUAACCCUGAACAAUCGGGACUUCACAGAAAACAUCACAUCACAGGAACUGACCGUCAAUUAUCGACAGAGGGAGCUUGUCUACGGGGCCUUUGACACCAUCCCAGCCGAUGUAUACUUCUGGGUUCUCCCUAACCGCUUCCUGGGGAAUAAGGUUUCAUCUUAUGGUGGCUACUUGAGGUAUACUAUCGUAGUUGACAGUGCUGCCCAAGAGGGAAGACGCCAGCAGCCCAUACCAGAUGUUGAAAUCUCAGGUAAUGGAAUAACCUUGAUCUACAACCGAGACAGUCAAGGUACCCAGGUAGCAUCAAGAACAGAGACACCGUUCAGGGUGCCUUUCCUCGAGCAAUAUUGGACCCGCAUUGAUUUUGAGCCAGCUAAUAGGGAGAACCUGAUGAUGGCUCUAGCUGAUUUAGAUUACAUCAUCAUCAGGGCAACGUACAAUGCUCGCACAAGUGUUGCAGCUAUCAGGGAUAUUAGUAUGGAUAUUGCUGAAACCCGCAACACUGGCUUAGGCAGAGCAUUUGCUGUAGAACAGUGCACAUGUCCAUUUGGUUACAGAGGCCUCUCCUGUGAGGAUUGUGAUGUUGGCUUUACCCGUUCAGGCAGUGGUAUCUACCUUGGCUUCUGUGCUCGCUGUGAAUGCAAUGGUCAUUCCACUGAUUGCCAUCCUGAAACGGGCGAGUGCAGGAACUGUCAAGACAAUACCUAUGGCCGUUUCUGCGACCAGUGUGCACCUGGUUUCUAUGGCAACCCAAGCCAGGGAGGAAGAUGUCUGCCUUGUACCUGCCCUCUUGCAAUUCCAUCUAACCAAUUUUCACCAACAUGUUUCCUGGAUGUUGACAAUGAUUUGACCUGUGACUCCUGCCCUGAAGGUUACAUCGGAAGAAGAUGUGAAAGCUGUGCACCAGGUUAUAUAGGAGAUCCGGCAAGGGAAGGAGACUCCUGCAGAUCUCAAGGAGGAUGCCAGUGUGAUGGAAGGGGAACUAGAUCAUCACAGUGCUUUGAUGGCCGAUGUGACUGCAAGGAUAAUGUUGGAGGAGAAAGUUGUAACUAUUGUCAGCCGGGUUUCUUCAAUCUCGCAUCCCGGAACCCUGAAGGAUGUACCAGGUGUUUCUGUUCUGGUUUGUCGGUCCCAUGCACCAGCUCAAACUACUUCAGACAACAGCUUCGAGUCACACUCCAGUCGCCAUCUGAUUCAAGUGAUGUUGCCCUGGUCAAUCGAGCUCAGACACAGCGGAUAACCUCAGGGUUCGGGAUCAAUGUUCCAUCCAACAGCAUUGCGUUCUCUCAGUUUAACCAGAUGCCUAUUGAUGUCUACUAUUGGGAGCUUCCGUCAAAGUUUAGGGGUAAUCAGAUCACUGCAUAUGGUGGCUUUCUAAGGUACACGGUUAGCUACUCCACAUCCCAGGCUAGAGGAAACGCUAUCACUGACAAUGAUGUCGAGAUCACUGGUAAUGAUAUCGUCUUGGUGUACAGGCAGCCAACCGGUUUGGAGCCAGAUGAUGCUCGUCCAGUAGCAUUCCAGAUUAUUGAGGAUAACUUUGUACGUCCGGACGGCAACCCAGCUACCAGGGAGCACCUUCUGAUGGCCCUGGCUGACGUUAGUAACAUCCUCAUCCGUGCUUCCUACCAUAGCGACAUGCAGGAGAGCAGUAUCAGGGAUAUCGCACUCGAUAUUGCAGUUGCUCAAAAUACUGGCCAGAAUUCAGCAGUUGAGGUAGAGAGUUGUGACUGUCCCCAAGGUUACAUUGGUCUUUCUUGUGAGGACUGUGCCCCAGGUUUCACCCGGUCAGGAGGUGGUCUUUACCUCGGAACCUGUAUACCCUGUGAAUGUAACGGCCAUUCUAACCAAUGUGACCCUGAAACAGGAGUCUGCUAUAACUGUGUCCAUAACACCGUUGGUCCGUAUUGUGACCAGUGUGCUAGUGGUUUCUAUGGCGAUGCGACAGCGGGAACUCCUGGUGAUUGCCGCCAGUGUGCCUGCCCCCUCUCAGUCCCAUCAAACCAAUUCUCUCCAACCUGUAUCCUGGACACCGAUGGGAGUUUGACCUGUACAGCAUGUCGGCGAGGAUACACUGGCAGGAGAUGUGAAAGUUGUGCCUCUGGGUAUGAGGGAAACCCAACAGUUCCUGGUCAGACAUGUAACCUAGGAAGCACUGUUGACCGUAUCCCUGGCGUUGUCAUCUCACCAGACGAGGCUUCUGCUGUUUUGGGUGGAACCAUCGUAUUUGUUGUCAGGAUAUCUGGUAACUACACUACUGCACUGUGGCGGAGGGCCGAUGGACAGCCUCUCUCUCCCAGCGCCUAUGUGGAACCAGGAACUUACAGACUACAGAUCCGUAAUCUUAGGCCUAACGAUGCAGGGGUUUACGUCUUCAUUGUAACAAACAGAUAUGGAUCUGGAACAGCGGAGGUCAGGCUAGAAGUUGUUGGUCAAGCAAUGAGAGUAGUCAUCAACGAUCCCCAAACCAUAGAAGUACCUGAAGGAGAAACUGUCCAGUUUGUUUGCCGAGGAAUUAGCCAGACACCGGCCUACACUAUUGCCUGGAGUCGAUCAGACGGCAGUCUGCCACCGAAUGCCAGGGAUUUUAUGGGCAUUCUAACGAUAGACUCUGUCAGGCUAACGGAUGCUGGGCAGUAUGUGUGUAUGGGAUCAAACCAACUGGAUACUGCUAAUGCCUAUGCUACUCUUAUCGUCACAUCUUCUGUUGAAGUGCCCACUGUCCGCAUCGAGCCCCGCUUCAUCCGCGUGACGGAGGGAGACCGCGUCGAGCUCCGAUGCACCGCGACAGGCAACCCCACUCCAACGCUUCGCUGGACCGGUGGUCAAGGAGGGGUAUUGAACCCUGAACAUACCUUUGAAGAUGGUCUCUUUGUCAUCCCCAAGGCAAGGGCAUCUGAUGAGGCUGAGUACCACUGUGAGGCCACCAACUCUGCAGGAAUGGCUACCAUCAGGACGGUGGUCUAUGUCAGUCCUUCCCGCGUCCCAUCUGUGACCAUCAGCCCUGCCUCGGAGUCGGUCAAUGAAGGAGAGCGAGUCAUCUUCUAUUGCCAGGCAACCGGUGACCCCGCCCCCGAGAGGGUGUGGACCCGGGUUGGUGGAGAAUUGCCAGCCAACUCCCGGCAAGAGAAUGGUUACCUCGUCAUCUCGGCAGUGUCCUACCUGGAUGAGGGAGCGUACAGGUGCACGGCAACCAACAGCCAUGGCACAGACUACAGCGAUGGACAGGUCACCAUCAGUACAGAUAGCCACAGGAGCCCGACUGCCCGCAUUGAACCCGAUGAGGUCGUGAUCACCCAGGGUUCAACCCAGGUCCUUCGUUGCCUGGUCACCGGUGUUCCUACUCCUACUAUCACCUGGACGAGGAGUAGUGGACCAUUGUCACCUAAUCAGCAGGCUUUGAAUGGAGUUCUCCGCUUCAUUAAUGCUGAUAUAGAUGAUCGAGACAUGUACAGCUGUACCGCUACAAACAUUGCUGGUUCCUACACAGCAACUGCAUACGUGGAAAUAGAGAGGAGGGAGGCUCCUGUGAUUGAGAUCCUACCACGCACCACCUACAUAGCAACCGAUGGGGACAACAUCCAGAUCCAGUGUCGAAUCAUUUCUGGUAUCCCAACGCCCAAUGUUUCAUGGUCCAGAGCUAACGGAGCUCCCCUGGAAGAUAAUACAAAUGAUGAGAUGGGCGUACUGAGCAUCAUAGGGGUAACAGCCGAGAAUCAAGGAGCUUAUAUCUGUACAGGAACAAACACCGCUGGAUCUGUUACAGCUACAGCCACUAUCAGGGUACAAGGUCUACCUCAACUGACGAUUACACCAAGGAGUCCUGCUGAAUUCCGGGUUGGUGAGACAGCCGUCUUGGAGUGUGUGGCAACAGGAGAACCUCUUCCUACUGUCCAGUGGAUGGUCAUGAAUAAUCAACAGGUGUAUCAACCGAUUGCUGCUGCUUUUAACAUGGAAGAGGAGUCUAGUGCAAUGCAUUAUAUCCAGAGUGUAUCAAUGAAUGAUGCUGGCAGCUACAUGUGCAGGGCAGAAAAUGGUGCAGGAUAUGUGGAACAGGAAUUGCUUGUGAGAGUAACCGACGGCAACCUGCCACAGCCACCAUCCAUUGACGUAUCUCCAAGAGAAGUGGAAGUCAUCGAGGGAGAAACGGCCGUCUUCAGCUGCACCUCACCGGGGACCCCAGCAGGUUACACGAUUACCUGGAGACGAGUCGGUCAGAGGAUGCCGUCGACCGUGUCCAUUAGCAACGGUCUCUUGACCAUACAACAAACACGGGCUCAUUAUGGUGGACAGUACUACUGCAUAGUGGGCAAUGAGUAUGGGUAUACGCAGGAUCUGGUUACCCUCUAUGUGUUAGUCCCCCCUAAUCUGAUCAUCAGUCCAGCCUCACAGACAGUUACUGCAGGAGAGACUAUAUACAUGUCAUGCAUUGCUGAAGGCACCCAACCUAUCACAUGUGAAUGGUCCAAGUACGGUGGGUCUCUUCCUCCCACUGCCUCUCAAUCUGGCGGCAUCCUCACCAUCUCCCCGGCCACGGCUGCCGAUGCAGGCCAGUACCGGUGUGUCUGCACCAACUCGGCUGGAUCAAGGGAUUCCUACCUGACCGUCAGGGUACAAGUUAUACCAACUGUCACAGUUCUACCGACCCGUGAGACGAGGGCCAUAGGAGGGUCCGUUGAAUUCUCUUGUCAAGCUACUGGCAGCCCCCCUCCUCAGAUCAUUUGGGAGAAGGAGAAUGGGGUACUGCCAGCCCAACACCGCAUCACUAAUGGUGUUCUUAGUUUGAUAUCUCUUCAAGAUGGUGAUGAAGGUCGAUAUGUAUGUACAGCUGUCAACCAGGCUGGCUCCUCAAAGGCAUACGUUAGGCUCUUCUUACACGCCGCACCAACUGUCCAGAUUACUGUCAACACAACCGUCCACUACAUCCGCAUUGGUGAAUCCACAACCUUUGAGUGUCUGGCCAAGGGUGACCCGACACCAACGGUCACUUGGACUAAAGUGGACAGUGAGCUGCCCAUAACAGUGGUCGUACAGGGCCCAAGACUGACCAUCCCGCAGGUGUCCUUGUCCGAUGCUGGUUUCUACCGAUGUACGGCCACCAACAUCGUCGGAUCCAGGACGUCACAGGUCUUCCUCUAUGUACAAGCUGCGCCGCAACUGACCGUCGUCCCGGCGACGCGCACCGCCCCGGUUGGUUCUACCCUGGAGUUCAGCUGUCUGGCUGGGGGAUUCCCCACUCCUGAGAUCACAUGGCACAAAGAAGAAGGGGAACUCCCCGAUAACUACCAGAUCGACAAUGGCCUCCUGACGAUCACCAACGUCCAAGAGGCCGACGAGGGAACCUAUGUCUGUAUUGCUACCAACCAAGGAGGGACGACCGAAUACCGGGCAAGGCUUGUAGUUGGAGAGUUGAUCCCAUACUUCGUGCAGAUGCCACAAUCAUACAUUGGUUAUCCUCGACUCACCAACGCCUACAGAGAAUUUGAGGUUGAACUGUCAAUCAAGCCUGAAAGCCCAGAAGGUCUUAUUUUGUACAACGGUCAGAGCAUCGAUGGGACAGGGGACUUCUUCUCCUUCGGGCUCCACCGAGGGUACGCAGAGUUCCGUUAUGAGCUUGGAGCGGGAACCACUCUCAUUAGGAGUGAUCGCCCUCUGGAGUUGGGUCAAUGGCACACGGUCAAUAUCAGAAGGAAUAUGACCCGUGGAUACUUGCAGGUUGAUGAUUUGCCUGAGGUAGAGGGCAGAGCUGCAGGGAACUUCCAAGGCCUGGACCUGGUCCAGGACUUGUAUCUCGGUGGUGUUCCAAACUUUGACGAGAUCCCGAGCACAGCAGGUUUCACAACGGGCUUUAUUGGUUGUGUAAGUCGGCUGAUCAUUGGCAACAGAGAGCUUGUGCUCGAUAGCGCCCGUACGAGAGUUGGCGUUGAGCAGUGCCCCACAUGUGAAGUCAACCCCUGUCUCAAUGGAGGACUGUGCCAGGAGGCUAGGACGGAAGAGGGAUACCGCUGCCAAUGCCCCUACGGCUUUACUGGCACAAACUGCGGGGAUGUGGCCAACUACAGAUGUUCUCCAGGUAUCUGCGGAGAAGGCACCUGCCAAGAAAAGUCUGGUCUUUCAGGCUAUAUCUGUUUCUGCCCAGUUGGUAGAACAGGAACUAGGUGUGAAAUAGUGAGCGACAGUAUCGAUUCGGCGUCCAACUUCAACGACGAGCUCUACGCUGAUCAUGGUAUCCCAGUUGAGGACCCAUCAUUCCUCGGAGACUCGUUCCUCUCGUACCCCGGACUGACGUCCAACCAUCGUCAGAUCCAGAUCGCUAUGAUGUUCAAGGCCAGGUCUAUCGAGGAUAGUCUGCUUCUCUUCAAUGGACAGGGACAGAGGGGGAAAGGGGACUACAUCUCACUCUUCUUGAAAGAUCAAAAGCUAGUAUUCCAGUAUGAUAGCGGAAGUGGUCCAGCAAUCAUCGAAAGCACUAAGACGAUGGAAGCAGACCAAUGGUACACCAUCGUCGCUGAACGCAACCUCCAAGAUGGCUCCCUGCAGGUGGACAAUGAGGAGGCUGUCAAGGGACGAUCGCCGGGCAGCAGCCGAGGCUUGAACCUCCGACUUCCUCUCUACCUCGGUGGCAUUAACAAAUAUGAAGAGAUACCACUGAGGCUUGGUGUCACUAAAGGAUUUGAUGGAUGCAUUACAGAGGUUGAGAUUGAUGGGGAGCCGUUGGAUCUGGUAGAAGGGGCCAGCGCUAGUCAACACAUUGAAGACUGUGGCGAGAAUCUACUCUGCCAGAAGGGAGAGUGUCAGAACGGAGCAACCUGCACCCCUACUCCUGAUAACCUGGAAUAUACAUGUACAUGUGCUUCUGGGUUUACAGGUAUUCAUUGUGAAUCCGAGGUCGGGUCCUGCAGUGUUGACCAGCCGUGCCAGAACGGAGGUCGCUGUGAGCCGGUCGAUGGGGGUUACAUCUGUCUCUGCUCACUGGGCUUCUCGGGAAACAUGUGUGAAAAUGUUGAACGGUUUAGCUACAGCGUUGCUCUUGGAUACUCUAGUUACAUCAAGCUCCCAAAGACGGUUAUACCACGAGGAAGAGGGAGCAGUUCUAUAACCGAAACAAUUAGCUUCAGCAUGGCAACAGAUUCAACCGAUGGCCUUCUUAUGUGGCAGGGAGUGCCUGAAGGAUCUGCUGGUGAGAGGCAAGAUUUUAUUGCUGUUGGUCUUCAUGAUGGAUACAUUGUUUUCAGCUAUCAGCUUGGAAGCGGGGAAGCCAACAUAGCAUCAACAAUCAGGAUAGAUGACGGUGCAGAACAUAACAUUACAAUUACAAGACAAGGGCGUGAUGGUACACUGCUAGUCGAUGAUGAAGAUGUGGUAAUAGGCCAGUCUGCUGGAGUACUUAGGAUGUUGAAUGUCAAAGGAGCUCUAUUCUUAGGUACACCACCUGACGUUGAGAUCUUAACUGGAACCAAAUACAACAAAGGAGUAGAAGCGUGUGUCAAAGACCUAGAAAUUCAAAUAGACGAUAAUCCUUCAUCUGUAAUAAACCUAUAUCAACAAGCACUAGAUGGUGUUAAUGUAGAAAACUGUGAAUUUUGAUGAUAUCUUUUAUACUCCUUUCUAAUCUUACCAGAAGCUCUUUAAAAAGAUACUAAAUUCCCUU